GAGAGCAGAGGACGCAGACGGAGCCCAGCUCUGCCGUCUCCAAGCUCCUUUCGGGUCUGCCUUGCUUGGCUCCUCCUUGGCAUGGCUCUGGGGAUGGAGUUGAGCUUGCAAGAAAGUUUGCUGUUAAAAUCCCUGGGUCUGAGCACCAAACCCAGCCCGAAAAGCCCCAUUCCUGUGCCGCCCGUGCUCUGGAGGAUCUUCCAGAGAAGAAAGACGCUGCCCUCUGCAAACAAAGCCCUGGCGGAUGGCUGUAGGGUGGAGGAAUUCAAUGUCCCUGGGAACAUCAUCCGUGUCUUCCCUGACCAAGGCCACUUCAUUCACGAGGGGCAGCCCGGGAGGUUGCUGUGUCUGCAGAAGCGUCUCUACUUCAACCUCUCGGUGCUGGAGGAGGGCGAGCGCUUGACCAUGGCUCAGCUGGAGAUCAAAUUCAGCUGCAACUCCUACCACGCCUCCAGCCAGGGGCAGGUUUUUGAGCUGAGGCUCUACCAAAGCUCCCAGAUGUCUCUACGGGGGGUGCCCCCCCAGCGGCACGGACGAAAGCUGCUGGUGGAGCAGUCCUUCGCCCAGCUGCACAAGUCUCUUCUCUUCAACCUGAGCGGGGUGGCGAAGGAGUGGAGAAUGUCCAGCAGGAACCUGGGCUUGAUCCUGGAGAUCUCGGUGAGCAAUGGAGACAGUGACCUGCAGAGGCUCUGUGCCAGCAUCGACUCCUUCCUGGACACCUCUCUUCUGGUGGUGACCCUCAGCCAGCAGCAGUGCAAGGCCUCCAGGAGGAGGAGAAAUGCCCACCAUGCCCCCGUCACCCCCAGCAACCUCUGCAAGCCCCGGCGCCUGUACAUCAGCUUCAGCGACGUGGGGUGGGAGAACUGGAUCAUCGCUCCCCAGGGCUACAUGGCCAAUUACUGCCUGGGCGAGUGCCCCUUUCCCCUGACCGCAGAGCUCAACAGCACCAACCAUGCCAUCCUCCAGACCGUGGUGCACUCGCUGGACCCCGAGGGGACCCCCCAGCCCUGCUGCGUCCCUGUCAGGCUGUCCCCCAUCUCCAUCCUCUACUACGACAACAGCGACAACGUGGUGCUGAGGCACUACGAGGACAUGGUGGUGGACGAGUGCGGCUGCAGGUAG